AAAAUCCAUUUGUUUUAUAUUUUCGUGUUUGCCAUUACACAUUAUAUCAAUCCUUGCAUUGACUGUUUCUCAUCCAGCGAAAGGCUAAACGAAAUAAAAUGUCUUUCGACACAAUUCCAAAAGAUCUUCGUGGACUACGCGCUUGUCUGGUCUGUUCGCUUGUGAAGUCGUUCGAGCAAUUCGAAUACGAUGGAUGCGACAACUGCGAGGAUUUCCUGCGAAUGAAAAACAACAAAGACAAUGUGUACGAUUGCACCAGUAACAAUUUUGACGGACUAAUUGCAGUCAUGAGCCCAGAAGACAGUUGGGUGUGCAAAUGGCAGAGAAUAAGUCGAUUUACUCGGGGUAUCUAUGCUAUAUCCGUAUCCGGCCGAUUACCCAAAGGAAUUAUACGAGACAUGAAGAAUCGUGGCAUUCCAUACAGACUUCGAGACACCAGCCAACGUUAACGAUGCAUUAUUGUCUGUGUGCCACUUGAUUUGCUGACUGAAUAUGAGUUUUUUUUUGAAAUAGAGAGGAGACGUUUGUCUAUUGUAAUUGGAAGGAGACAUUAAACGAGAUCAAUAAAAAUAUUUAUCAAAUGAAAA